GAUAAAAUAACAUCAUGGAUUCUCAGACUUUGGAUAAGAUGCUGAUCUUCAACCAAUUGGAUCUUAUAGCUAAAUACAAAGCGAUUGUUGCUCCUCUGGCUUAUAUGAUUGCUAAAAAUAUGAACACUUAUUGACUCACUAAUUGCCCCAAUAAAUCAUUUAUUUGAGUCAGGGAUAAGCCAAGACUACCAAUAGAAACUCUAAACUCAAUUCAAAAGCAAACAAAACAACUCCAAGAUACUGAAGAGCAUAAAGAUCCUUCUAGUAAUGGCACUAAAGAUAUGCUACACUAUGAGACCUACAAGCAACUCAAAGAAGUUUCUACAAAGCAUGAGCCUGGUGUCUCCAAGACUGAACUGUAUGAGAACUUGCUCAAGCCCUUCAAGCAUGCCAAGAGAGUUGAAACACUUCCUGUGAGUGGCAGAACCAUCACUGUCUACAUCUGCAAGUACGAAGACUGAAACCGAGAGUUCACCAAGAUCUGGAACCUGGUUGACCAUGCCAGAAUGCACGAAGGCAUCAGACCGUACAAGUGCAGCUUCUGCUCCAAAGCUUUCACACAGAAAGGUAACCUGAAGAAACACUCAAAACAGCACCAACACAGAAGCAUCGAGGAGAGGAGACAGUUCCAGUGCCAGAUUUGCAAGAAGAGGUACACCGAGAAGUACAACUUGACUGCUCACCUGAGAACUCAUAAGCAAGACGAUAUACAUCAAGCCUACAUUCGUGAAUCUUCUAAACGAGAGAGAAAUGCAAGCUAACUAAUUUGUGAUAAUUUUCAAAUAAACUUCUUUCAAAA